AUGGAGAGUCCAAGGGUAUUGGAGCCCUUCCAGCCAUCAGAGCCCGACACGUGGGAAGACUACGUCGAACGCUUCGAGUUCUUCGCAGAGGCUCAAGGGAUCACCGAUGCCAGCAAAAGAAGGGCCACAUUCCUGAGCUACUGUGGGCCUGAGACCUUCAAGCUGGCCAAGGCAUUGCUUGCUCCAGCGAAGCUAAGUGAGACAUCUCUCAAAGAUAUUCUUGCCUGCCUAACAAGCCACUUGGCGCCUACUGAGACCAAGAUGGCUCGGCGGAUGGAGUUUCAUAAGAGGCAGCAGCAUGCUGGGAGUCUGUAUCUGCAUUUCUGGCUGAACUGCGGAAGCUCGCUCAGCACUGCGACUUCCAAAAUCUGGAAGAGACUCUCCUGGAUCGGUUUAUCGGUGGUCUGAGCAGCAAGAAGGCCAGAAGACGCAUCGUGGCUAAAGAAGAGAUUACCCUUGCUUCAGCCUUGAAGGAGGCCACCGCCACGGAGAAUUAUGAAAGAGAGGAGCUUGAUGCCAGUCGCAAGGCCCCUAAGCCACAGAUAGAAGUUGCGCAUGCCAUGGACGAGCUAGAGGCUACUCCCAGCCAGAGCCCAGUCCGUGGGGUCGAGUCAGUGAGUCAGGCCUGCACAGUGCACAAAGAUCACCGAGGCAGGUGCCCAGGGUGUGGCGGAAACCAUGAGCGGAAGAGUUGUCGUUUCCGGGAUGCUAUGUGCCGGACGUGCGGGAAGACAGGUCACAUCGCCAGAGUCUGUAGAUCGGCGGCGUUGGGAGCGACAGGAGCACCUAGACCGGAGCAUCGCAGACCGCCCGCAGCAACCCAUUUUCUAAAGGACUGCCACUACGUUACGGAGAUCAACGGGAGGGUCGUGCAGUUCCCAGCACAAGGCAAGGCACACGUCAAGGAGAAGAUUGAGGGUCAGCAGUGCGACAUGGAGGUGGACUCCGGAUCUGGAUUCACUAUCGUGUCGGACCAGACCGCGAGGACAUUCUUCCCCAGGGGUAAGUUGCCCCCCUCUGGAACCCUUCCCGGCAACCUUGCAGUCAUACUCAGCGGGCCGCAUCCAUGUUAUGGGAAUGUGUGCCGUGAGAGUACAGUUCCGGGACAAACAGGCUGUACUCAAACUGGUGAUUGCGAAGGGCAGUCGCCCCAGUCUCCUGGGCACUGACUGGUUCCCCGCCCUGGGACUGA